AUGGCCCCGCACGGGCGCUGCCGGUGGGCGCUGCUGCUGGCCUGGCUGCCGGCCGGCUGCCUCUCGCUCCUGGUGACAGUGCAGGAUGUCGAGCGUUACACCACCCUGUUUGCCACUGUCACCCUCAAGUGUGACUACAGCACCUCGGCACAGCUGCAAGACGUGGUGGUGACCUGGCGCUUCAAAUCCUUCUGCAAGGACCCCAUCUUUGACUACUACUCAGCCUCAUACCAGGCUGGUUUAGCCCUUGGCCAGGACCCCUCUGACGACUGCAAUGACAGCCAGCGGAAGGUGCGCAUUGUCAUCCAGAAAUACGGGCAGAAGGACCCUGUGCUGGGCAUCGACUACCAGCAGCGAAAGAUCACCAUUCAGAACCGAGCAGACCUCGUCAUCAGUGAGGUCAUGUGGUGGGACCAUGGCAUGUACUACUGCACUGUGGAAGCACCAGGAGAUACCUCAGGUGAUGCGGACAAAGAAGUUAAACUGAUUGUUCUCCACUGGCUCACAGUACUCCUUAUUAUUCUCGGUGGCCUCCUCCUCCUUCUGCUGAUUGGCAUAUGCUGGUGCCAGUGCUGCCCCCAGUAUUGCUGCUGCCACAUCCAGUGUGGCUGCUGUCCAACACGGUGCUGCUGCAAUCAGAAAGUACUGGAACGACACGAGUUCAUGAAGCGGGCUCAGGCACUUGCACCUUGGUUGUCACCCAACAUGUUCUACGGAGCUGGCGACAGGAACUCAAAACUUUCCUCUUACCAGCUGAACCCUCUGCUGCAACGAGAUGUAUCUCUGCAGAACAGUCUUCCACUGGUGCAGCCGCAGGCCCAGCUUUCCCAUAACAACGGUGUUUUGGACUAUCUGGAGUCUGAAAUCCAAAACCUGAACACGUCCCAGCUGCGGCCGCCCUCCCACCAGCGGCAGGCCGUGCAGCCCAGCUUGCUGUCCUCGCUGGGCUCCAACAUCGUGCCACCUCCUCUUGCCGACCACGUCUCCUCCAUCCAUGGGAGCAGCAACUCCUCACGGCCACAAAGAGCUGCCCACACCCCCAGGCCCUGGGACUCUGCAGCAGAGGACAGAAGGGAAAACCGGAGGUGGCCCUUGCCUUCCAGUGGGGAUUCUCAUUCCAGCUACAGUCAGGAGCCCUGGGACAGGCAGCAAGAGGACCAUCCUCAGAGGCAGAGGACAGGCGGCUACAAUGGCAGGCCCCAGCACUCCAGACGGGAUGUGUCACCCCCACGCCAAGCUGAGAGGGGCAAGAGCAGCAGCAGCUUCUAUCCAGAGGAGACGAAGGAGCGCUCCAGCCACCAUCGUGGUGGGAGGCAGGAGCUGGGGGGGAGGCGAGAAUACGAGCACCAUGCUGGGAGGAGCAAUUACUCUGGCCAGAGGCGGCACAGCUACUCCCCCCCCUCUUCUCGCAGGGGCUCGUGGAGCUCCUCAGAAGAGCAAGUCCGUGUCCCGGUGUCAAACCGCAGGCGGAGGAACCGCAGGUCCCGGGAGUGGCCAGAAGACAAACCCCCCAGUUAUCGCUCCUUAGAAAUCAUCCCAGCUCAGGACAAGAAGCACAAAGGCAGCGCAGGGAAACGCUCCGACAGAGGAAGUUCCCACAGUGGAAGAAGCAUAGUCAUUUAAUGUCAGUACUGGAAGAACCAAAAUUCCCAGUGGACUCUUCCUAGUUUUUUCUACUGUUUAGGUUGGGAUGGCUGCUUUUGAUUGAACAGACAAACAGCAAUAAAACCGAUGAAGCAGCUUCCCCUUAGACUUACAGCUCUGAAGAACAUAUGUC